CAUACGGUAUUUGUGCAUAAGAACAUUCAGGACUGCCAACUUCGAAAAACAGUUGGCCUGAAGAAAUCCCUAAGCCUAGUGUCAUUACAAAAAGACGGGAAAGACAAAAGAUCAUUAAUUGCUGUCACUAUAGUCUGAACGCGCUUUUUCUAUAUUCUUCCAGAAUGGAAUCCAUAAAGUGUUCUGUCUGUGACAAACAAUUUAAUUUUGUUACUUCCAGGAAUAGACAUUUUAGGGGUUUUCACCGUGAUCAAAGUGUUGGUAGGAUUUGCAAAACAAAGAUUUUUUGUCCAAUGUGUGGGGAUGAACCAGAGAGAAAUCUGAAAUCCCAUGAAGAACUCAAAACUCAUUUUGAAAUAAAGCAUAAUAUAACAUUAGAGGUAGAAGAAUUGAUACUAAGUCAUGAAGAUUUUAAAAAUUGGAUUUGCGAAGAACGAAGAGAUGUUAAAUAUAUUAGUCGAAAGCAAAAGAAAGAUGUGCGUUACCCCUAUCAGCUGAUAUAUUAUAACUGUAACAGAAGCUACAGUGGCUAUGAAAGUAAAGCAUUUAAGAGAUUUCCAAAGGCAGGGGGUAGCAAGAAAAUCUGUGAAUAUGGAACGUAUUAAAAUGUGGGCUCACUGUUACAGACUAAAUGCUGGGAUCAAUACAAAUAUGGCAAUUGAAAGUCUGAACAAAUUUAUUAAAUAUGAUGAGUUGAAUAAGAAGAGAAAUAAUACAAUAGAGAAGUUAUUGGAUAUGUUAGACAGAGUAGUGGAAGACAAGGAAUGGAACAGAAUAAUAGAAACAGAAAGACCUUCUACAGAAACGUAUCAAAGCAGAAUUGUAAGAGACAGACAUAGAAAAGCAGAAAAUUUACAAAAUAUGGUGGAGGAAGUUGGUUUUGGAGAGUUUUCAGUAAGAUCUAAUUCCAAUAAGAUUUAUAAGGUUGUGUAUGGAGACAGAGUGUGUAGAAAUGAUUGUAGGCUCAUGUAUUGUGUAGUUUGCCAAAUCUGUUUGCAUCAUUACAAAUGCCAGUGUCCUGAGUUUAUGAUAAAAAAUAAUUUAUGCAAGCACAUGCAUAUGGUUGCUUUGUUUGAAAGGGAACGGUAUGAAUGUGGGUUAGGGCAGACUAAAGACACUUUUACAGAUCUAGAAGAACAUAAUUAUUGCAAGAGAGUAUUAAUGGAAACAGAAAAUAAACACAAUUAUUGUGAUAUGCAGAAAAAUGAAGAAGUAAAAAUGUUAAUAGAAAAUAAUCAGUAAACACCGUUGCCAUUGGAUGAUGAAACUUUUCGAAAAUUAAAGCAGGAGUCACUUAAUAAUACUUUGAAUGCACUUAACAUAGAUGAUUUUAAAGAACUUAUGAGCAAUAUCGAUGGAUGGUUAAGAAAAAAAAACGAGAAGAAUUUAACAAAGAAAAGAGUGCAAGAGACGCAGCAAUAUUAUCCCAAAAACUAGAGAAAUGAGUGGAUUUUUGUGACAUGGGUUAUUAAUAGGUCCUCAUAGAAUCACCUUUAUAAAUAAUAGGAUGAGAAUUUUAUUUCUACAAUUUAGUAAUUAUAAUUUUUAUUACUGCUACUAUUACUAUGUAUUUUUCUGUUAGGUAAAGAUGAAUUCUGUUGUUGUAUUUUUUGUUGAUUCAGAUUAUUUCUAUAAAGCAAAUACAAUUUUUUUACAAA